AUGGAAAAUGCUAGCAGCGAAAACGGUACUUCUCAUAAGGAUAAGAACAAUAAAGAAACCUAUAACCAGGAUGAAGAGAAUAAAACGUUUGAAUGUAACAUAUGCUUGGAUAAUGUCAAGGAUGCAGUUGUCAGCAUAUGUGGUCAUUUAUUUUGGUUAGUCGAACUGCAACAUUUUAAUAAUUAUAGUUACAAUGUUGGGUUUAACUAUAUAUUAAAUACUAAAUAUUUAGUAUUAUAGGUACCAUCUGUAAUAAAAUUAUUCUAUUGGUAUAUAGAUUUCCUUUUUCGACACAUGGAUUUUGCAAUCGUUGUUGUCUACGGUUUAAUUCAUUUUUCCUUUGAUUUAUGGCUAAAAUAUCUCCAGUAUCACAAUAUAAUUGUUUUCCAAUUUCUACUAGUUCUUGGACUGGAAUAUUUAUAUUUUCAAAGUAUUGUUUUGCUGCUGCCUUAAUAAUCAGUGUACCAUCAUUUGACGGUCUUCCAAAAUAAAAAUCAUAUAUAUGCAUACAUUGAAACCUCCUUUAUCUUUAAAUAACAGACACCUUCAAAUAGCAGAUGUUUUUUUGUGAGCUGAGACAUUUUCAAUAUUCAUGUAUUGGAAUACUUCUAAAUAAAGGACACAAUAAAUAACUGACACUUUUUAACAUUGAUAUUUAUAAUUUUUAUAGUAAAUUAAGAAUGACUGUAGAAUAGCUAAAUANAUUUAAGGCAUUCCUAGUGAAUAUAAUAAUAUAAAUAAUAAACUCUUUUAUUAAAAAUAGAAAAUAGAUUUAAAAAAUUAUUCUGUUUUAAAAUUAAAACCAUUAUAAUAAAGGAACUUGAUUUAAUAUGAAUUAAUAGGUUUAGUUAUUACUUAAAACAAUAAGUAAUGGUUACAAUACCACAAUUUUUUUUUUUUAAUUUAUACUUAACUAAAAAAAUAUUUUAUUUUAUAUUCUAAUUCUGGGAUAGAUAAACAUGAGCAUGGCUGUCUUUAGAUAAUAUAUAGAAUGAUAUUCUCUACUUUCCUCGAACUAUGUUCACAAUAAAUAGCUUAUACUUCGGAGACAGAAACAAAAAAUAAACCUAAUAUAUACACUGUAAAACCAAUACAUUCCUCUCUGCAUUUAGCACAUAGAAUGGAAUAUUUAAAUUUUUAGAGAAAUCAAAAUAAAAUAUCAAAAAGUAGGAAAUUCAAUGUCAAGUAGACUUAACAAUGAAUUCAAAUCUACUUUGGAAAUUCUUGCCGCUUCACUAGAUCAAUUGAUAUAUUGAAAAUAGAACACAUCUAAAUUAUUCCUGCAUUGCAUAUGUGUAAGACAAAGACAGAAAUUCAUUGAUUCCAGUCAUCUUAGAUUGAUCUCAAGCUGAUAUUAAAUAUUUCUUAUUCUUGAAUAUUUUUUUUAUAUUUAAUUUAAUUGUUUUUUGCUGUUUUAGGUGAAAAGCUAAAUACUUUAUAAAAGAUAUUCAAUUGAUCACACUAUAAUCCCUAUAAUUUAUUAUAAAACUAUUUAACAAUAUCUUUCAAAUUUCAGCUGGCCAUGUUUACAUCAAUGGUUGGAAACAGAACCAAGGCGUCAAGAAUGUCCAGUGUGUAAAGCUCACAUAAGUAAAGAAAACGUUAUACCAAUUUAUGGGUGUGGAAAUACCAAACGAGAAGAUCUACAGUAAUUUAAAUUUUUUCUAACAACAUAUUAGUGAUAUUAUAUAUGAUAUGAAAACCUAAUUUAAAAUAUAUGUUAUUUUACAAAAAUCCAAAAUUGGCAGUAGUUUCACCAUCAAAAUUAAGGAUGACAAAAAUAAUGACAACUUUUAUAAUUUUAAAACUUUUUGUAUCUUAAAUUUCCAAAAGAUACAAUUUUGACCAAAGUUAAUAUCUUCAGGAAAUAUGCAAGAUAGUAAAAUCAUUAUUUUAUGAUAGACUAAAAGAAAAACAUAGUGGAUUUUCUGUAAAAUUUUAUAUAGUUAUUAUGUGAUUGUUAAUAAAGGCAAAAGUCGUUCUUUUCUUGAAGUCUAACAUAAUAAAACGUUGUUAUUAAAAUUUUUAUUUUGUAAUAAUUAAUUUUAAUUUUUACUCUAGGUACUCUUUAUUUUCAAAUUUCUACUCAUAAUCUAAUCAAAUUUAAUGAAAUAUUUCUUAUUUCAACUUGAAUACCUCGUAUUGCAUUGUAUUAUGUAAUACCGUGUUAUGUACCAUUUCACACCAUUUGAUUUUUUAAACACCUAUUUAAAAUAGGGGUGUAUAUAAAAAUUAUAAAAAUAUAAAAAUUAGGUUUAUAAUUUAUAAAUAAAUAAUAAUACAAUUCAAAGCUAUCUUUUAACUUAUUAGUUAUUUUUUAUCAGUCAACACUUAGAGUAUAAUGUGGUACAUAUUUCUUUUAACAAUGUAUUGCAAAGCUUUUAUCUUCUUUGUGUAAGAAAUGAUAAAAAUGUAUAUUGGGAUAAAUUAAUCUUCCUUUCAAAUUUAAAUUAAGUAAUUCAGCUUCAAAUAAGUCAAUAAACUUAUCAGAGUUAACAUUUGACAUUAUUUAGAUGUUUACCAAUGAAUAUGUAUCACACAAAUACAAUUCUUUACCCUAUUAUAUAUUAACAUGUUGAUGGACAUUAAAUUUUAUUUUAUUGCACCGUAUAAAAUAUUCCACUUUCAAUAAUGCUAUAUAUUUAAUAUAUAUUUUUAAUGUUGUCUUUGUUUAUAAUAAUUGAAGAAUGAAAUCUCAAUGCUUCAUAAGGUUUUUUUUUUUUCUAGAAACAAAGAACCAUCAAAGUCAACUGGCCAUGGAACUGAACUUGAAACACACAUAGUAAACUAUAAAUAUUUUAAAUUUAUUUGUUAUUCAAUUUAUUUUAUUUUUACUUUUUUUAGAAUAUGUCUGAGAUUCAUUUGGUGGCAGGAAAUGAAAUAUUUCCUCUUGGCCUCCUAACAUCACUUCCACCUACAAGUAAGUGUAAUAACAAUAAUACAGUGAACUCUAUGUUCAUUAGUGAUUUCAUAGAAAUCUGGAUAUUUCAAAAAUCCGAAAAUUUGAUAUUUGGUACUUUAAGAAGAUCAUAUAUUUUUUGCAAUCCGUUUUCAUAAUUGUUGAGAAAAAUUUAGGAACAAACGUCAAAUAUUUAACACAUAACAAUUUCAUGACUUUACAUUAUCAUAACUAAUGUUAAACAAUUGUAGAAACCUAUAGUUUUCUCUAAAUACUUAUAUUGGCCUUUUGUAGAUGUGGUAAAAUUUUCAAAACAUUCUAGUUAUUUUUAUGCUGUUUCCAGUUAUUUGAUAUUUUUGUGAUUUUAUAUGUAUUUUUGUUUUAUAGGUAUUUGUGAUUAA